UUUGCUUCAUUACAUUGCAGAAGCCGAGCGAGAGCAGACGAUCACCGCCGCCGCCGCCGCCGCCGCCACCGACACCCGGACCACCGCUGCUUCAGGCUGAUCACUUCGCUCAGGGAAUACGCCAACACUGCUGCUCCACACAGGAAUACCAAGUGGACCUGUGGACCAUGAUCCUGACGCGCUGAGGAGAAGAAACUCUGCAAAACACGCUCUUUCAUCUUCUCCUCUGUGACGCUGGAAAUAUCCUCCGAAUGCUGAGUGGACUACCUGUUUUCUCGUGGGACUCUGAAGGAACAUUUUUGGGGAGAAGGGGGCCGUUGUUCGCUGCCAUUCCCCCUUUACGCUUUUGCUGAAUGGGGGUAACUCUGAUCCGGGAGGCGUAACACAGCUGGGACUUGGACCAGGACGGGACUCGCUGUGUGUGUGGAGUGUCGGGUCACCGUGGAUUGUUUUCCCUGCGUGGGUCUGUUUACAUGUCCUACCUGACCGAUUUAUGACAAUGGAUUACUUUCUGCUUUUAUGCAGCGUCUUGCUGCCGGCGGUGUCCGCGGUUGAAGAGACACUGAUGGACACAAAGUGGGCCACAACGGAGUUAGCCUGGACCGCGCACCCUGAAACUGGAUGGGAAGAAGUGAGUGGCUACGACGACGCCAUGAAUCCAAUCCGGACAUACCAAGUAUGUAACGUACGUGAUCUCAACCAGAAUAACUGGCUACGCAGUGACUUUAUCCCACGGAAGGACGUGUUGCGUGUCUAUGUGGAGAUGAAGUUCACGGUGCGUGAUUGCAACAGCAUUCCUAACAUCCCCGGCUCCUGCAAAGAGACCUUCAACCUCUUCUACUACGAGUCUGACUCCGACUCAGCAACAGCAACAAGUCCCUUCUGGAUGGAGAAUCCGUACGUGAAAGUGGACACUAUUGCACCCGAUACAAGCUUUUCCAUGUUGGAUGCCGGGCAGAUCAACACCAAAGUCAGGAGUUUUGGCCCGCUGUCCAAGGCUGGCUUCUAUUUGGCCUUCCAGGACCUUGGUGCUUGCAUGUCCCUCAUCUCUGUGAGGGUUUUUUACAAGAAGUGCUCCACCACCAUUGCCAACUUUGCAGUUUUCCCGGAGACAGCAACAGGGGCUGAGGCGACGUCCUUGGUCAUUGCCCCGGGAACCUGCGUCCCGAAUGCCGUGGAGGUGUCCGUGCCGCUGAAGCUUUAUUGUAAUGGGGACGGGGAGUGGAUGGUUCCUGUCGGUGCCUGUACCUGUUCGGCUGGUUUUGAAGCUGCCAUGAAGGAAACCCAAUGUCAAGCUUGCGGCCCUGGCACCUUCAAGUUCAAGCAGGGAGAUGGCUUCUGUGUGCCCUGCCCGGCCAACAGCCGAGCCAGCUCCGGAGCGGCCAGCAUUUGUUCAUGUCGGAAUGGUUACUACAGGGCCGACGCAGACUCACCUGAAUCCCCGUGCACAACGGUUCCCUCUGCCCCACGGAACGUAAUCUCGAGUGUGAAUGAGACUUCACUCCUAUUGGAAUGGAGUGAGCCACGUGACUUGGGAGGCCGCGACGACACCUUCUAUAAUGUUAUCUGCAAGAAAUGUUUGCCGGAACGUGGAAUGUGCUCACGGUGCGAUGAUAAUGUGGACAUCUCACCGCGCCACCUGGGCCUGACUCAGCGGAGAGUCGCCGUCAGGAACCUACAGGCUCACACGCAGUACAGCUUUGAGAUCCAGGCUGUGAAUGGAGUGUCCAACAAGAGUCCGUACUCACCCCAGUUCUCCGCAGUGAACAUCACCACAAAUCAAGCCGCUCCAUCUGCAGUGCCGACCGUCCAUCUGAUGUCAGCAACCGCGAGCACCAUGAGCCUGUCCUGGCUGCCUCCAGAGAAGCCCAAUGGAAUCAUUCUGGAUUAUGAGAUUAAGUAUCAUGAGAAGGAUCAGGGUGAAGCCAUUGCCCACACUAUGACUGCCCAACGGAGCAAUGCCCGUGUUGAAGGUCUGAAGCCUGGCACGCCCUAUGUAGUCCAGGUGCGAGCCAGAACGGUUGCAGGUUAUGGACGUUACAGCAGCCCGGCCGACUUCAACACAAAUUUGCAAACUGACUCACCGAAGAUGAGGCAGGAGCAAGUCACUCUCAUUGUGGGAUCGGCCACGGCCGCCAUGGUCUUCAUCAUCGCGGUUGUUGUGAUCGCGAUCGUCUGUCUCAGAAAGCAGCGAAACGGUUCAGAGUCAGAAUACACAGAGAAACUGCAGCAGUACAAAUCUCCUAUAGUUACGCCGGGAAUGAAAGUCUACAUUGACCCCUUCACCUAUGAGGAUCCCAAUGAAGCUGUACGGGAGUUUGCUAAGGAGAUUGACGUAUCCUGCGUGAAGAUCGAGGAGGUCAUUGGCGCAGGUAACCCUCCAAAGCUCCUGAGCUACAGGGGAAAGACUGCUAGUCAUCUCCAGGCCAUACCGUUAGAGGACUUCACACCAAGCGGAGAGUUUGGGGAAGUGUGCCGCGGCCGUCUCAAGCUGCCUGGCCGCCGAGAAAUCAUCGUAGCCAUCAAAACCCUGAAGGUGGGCUACACCGACCGCCAGAGACGGGACUUCCUAUCGGAGGCGUCCAUCAUGGGCCAGUUUGACCAUCCCAACAUCAUCCGACUGGAGGGAGUCGUCACCAAGAGUCGACCAGUUAUGAUUGUGACUGAAUUCAUGGAGAAUGGAGCUCUUGACUCUUUUCUGAGGCUGAACGACGGUCAGUUCACAGUGAUUCAGCUGGUUGGCAUGCUGCGCGGCAUUGCUGCAGGCAUGAAGUACCUGUCGGACAUGAACUACGUGCACAGAGACUUGGCUGCCCGGAACAUUUUGGUGAACAGCAACCUGGUGUGCAAGGUGUCUGACUUCGGCCUGUCUCGUUUCCUUGAGGACGAUCCAACGGACCCCACCUACACGAGCUCACUGUAUUUCAUGCUCACCUACUCAUUCGCAUAUCCACAGGGAGGAAAGAUUCCCAUCCGCUGGACGGCUCCUGAGGCCAUCGCUUACAGGAAGUUUACCUCCGCCAGUGAUGUGUGGAGCUACGGCAUCGUCAUGUGGGAGGUGAUGUCCUACGGAGAGCGUCCUUACUGGGACAUGAGCAAUCAGGAUGUGAUAAAUGCAGUGGAGCAGGACUAUCGACUGCCCCCACCGAUGGACUGCCCGACGGCGCUUCACCAGCUUAUGUUGGACUGUUGGGUGAAAGAAAGAAACCUGCGGCCUAAAUUUACACAGAUCGUGGCCACGUUGGAUAAACUAAUCCGCAACGCCGCCAGCCUCAAGGUGGUCACCAACAGCACGCAGUCGACGGGGGUAUCUCAGCCCUUGCUUGACCGCUGUGUGCCAGACUAUACAACCUUCACCACUGUGGGGGACUGGCUGGAUGCCAUCAAGAUGAGCCGCUACCGUGACAACUUCGUCAACGCCGGAUUUGCGUCCUUUGAUCUGGUGGCCCAGAUGACAGCCGAGGAUUUGCUGCGGAUAGGGGUAACGUUGGCUGGACACCAGAAGAAAAUCCUCGGUAGCAUUCAGGACAUGAGACUACAGAUGAACCAGACGCUUCCUGUUCAAGUGUGAUCAACUGGACACAAACCAAUGCAGUCAACCGGACAGCAAAAGGGGGAGGAACUAUGCCAGAGAGAGCCAUUGGAAAACCCUAGCUGCCUGACCCAUCUCUGCCAAUUAGACGCUUUGAAGCUGGCUUGCAGUGCCUCUAAAUAGUUCUUUUUAGAGUUUUAUUUCCUCACUGUCACACCCACUUGCCAUUUUUAUCGUGUUUUUUCAUCAUUUUUUUUUAUCUUGCAACCCAUCAAUAUUAGUGUUCUUUUGUGAAUGCAGUGAGGACAAGGCAUUUCCCUCCUCACAUCCCAGCGGAGCUCGCACCAGCUCCCGUUCACAUCUGCAUGCAUAGUGUGGCUUUUGGUUUUGUUGACCAUAAGACCGAAAAGAAAAAAAAAAAAUAGUAAAUCACAGCGCGAGCCUCUUCUGCACUCAGCUUGGACAGACAUAUGGCGAGACAGGAUGGCCACCUUUACAGGAAUAUAGAGGACGGUUAUGAUCCAGUGGUCAUUCUGUUUGUGUUUCUCACCAUCUUCAUAUUGAAGGUGUAUUAUCUAAAGGGCACUUGCUGAAGAAAAUAGUUCUAUAAGGCUGUCCAGAGAGCAAAUGAGGGCAGCCACGUCUGCUUUGGCUGUCGGAUCAUCCACGGACAUCAGGACUGAAUCAGUGGCGUCACAAUCGCGUUUCUUCACAACUUAUUAUUCCACGUACAUUUUGUUUGCAUCUCCCCCCCUUUCAUUUUUUGUGUUUCCAAAACGGCCUGUCAAACCCUGAUGACCCGAACGGACGCUUCUUGUGAUAACCGGGAGAUAAGGACUUUGGCAAGGCAGCAGAAGGCCGAGUGGUCUUUGUUUGUAUCGAGUGCGUAUUUCUAUGUGUGUGCGUGUGCGUAUAUGUGUGCUUGGACGGGACGUCGUGUCACCCUCCGCACAGGUCAACUGUACAUUACAGCUUCUGCUAGCUGCCACUCGGAGGAAUAACGCAUGAACUGUCAAGGAGCAAAUAUAUUGGAAACAACUAUAUUCGGUGGAUGAAUAUUCUUUUUCUAUGGAAUCCAAAAACAAACUUUGGACAAACUCACACAUGCAUCCAGGAGGAUAUGCAUCAAGAAACCAUGACAGACUCUUUCUACUUAACACUUUUUUGGAUUUAGAAAUAACCAAUUGUUUUAUUUUCGUGACAUCCUCCCCUUUGUAUUUAUUUGUACCUCACCAUCACCUCCGCCAACCCCCCCUCCACCUCCAAGCGGACGGAUCGUAGGCCAGUUUGGACGGUGGACGCAGAACAAUCAGACCGAAAAGCAACUCCAAGAGGUUGAUUAUUAAACAAAAUAAAUUGCAUAUAAAUUGGAUAUUGUAUUUUUGUUGUUGUUCUAAACAGCCUGUACAUGUUUUGUAACAAAAAAAAAUCCAUAAAUAACGAAAAAAAAAAGUUGUUUUGAAAUGUUUGAGAGAGAAAUGAGGUGGAUCAAAGAGAAGGACUAGAUGGAAAUUAUGUGUGUGUGUGUGUAUUGGUAGGUUUCUCUCACCUCAACUGCAUAUUCCUCCAAACCCCUGUGUCUUUUCAACACAGUUACUCAAGCUCAUCCAUUUGUCUUCCAAGUCCAGACCCCCCUGAAUGACAGUAAAUGGAUCUUAUUUGUCGCCCACAUUUGCCUGCUUUACAAGGUCAGGGCCAAAGUGGCGGUGUCAGUCAGGACCAGGGUUCCAUCACAGGAUGCCGACUGGAAAACUAGCGCUGUCUGUCAGCUCAAUUAAUUCAGCGGCCAAGCCGACUUCACGAGGUACCGAGCGCGCCGUGAUCACCGGGGCUGACCUGUCAUUAUCUCUCUUCAUUUCCCGCCGAGCCGGCAAUCAUCUUGUCUCAGCCGCGACUGCAACAUGAUUAGUACAGUUCAGAAUCAGCUGCCUCCACAUUCAUUCAACUGAAAUCCAGAGCUGCGCUCAUCCUAAAUCAUAACAGCUGCUCGGCAGACCGGGAUAUCUCUGUUCAUCAUUCAACCGGGGCGUCACAUUUUGCUGGUUUGAUCUUCCAGACAGUUUUAAUAUUCCUUGUGCUGGAGCAGAUCAAUGCAACGUGUGAAUAUUAUUUCGUCGUGCGACCUGGUAGUAUGAUGUGUCUCAUCGUAUUACUUUAGUCAGCCUCCUUUCAAAAAGGGAUGAGACCGUUUCUGUAUGUAUUCUUAACCUACUGGAUUUCUACUGCUGUCUUUGAACCUAUAAAAGCCUGUCAGAAGUGAUGAAAAAGUUUGAAUAACAGAACAGACUAUCUAUUAUAAAGUGAGGCGGUAAUGGAAAACGGUCAUUUGGAUUUUCUAAAUUUACAAAUUAACAAUUUCACCUGAGUUGAUAAAAUAUGUCAUAUUUUUUGGAAAAUAUAUACAUAUUUUUAAUCAUGUUAAACAGGGUUUUGUUCAUAGAUUUAAAAAAAAUCAGUUUCAUGCUUCACACUAUAUUCAUAAAGUUAAUUGUAUUGUAUUGUACAGUGAAACACAGGGAACUUUCCCAGCAAAAUGUGAUGUGAAAUCGCAGCGGAAAGUUUGUCACCAAUUGUCGUGCUCCUCUUUUCUCAGCCUGAUCACCCAAACAAACUUUACUGUGGCGCCAACGGAGACACGGUUGAUGAGCAGAAAAGCUGGCAUACGAGAACUGAACACUGUCAGAUGGCAGACAUGGCCACCAGUUUGAGACCAGCUUGCAUGAACUAUUGAUGAUGUGCACAUGGCGUUCAGAGGUCUGAAGUGGUGUUCGCUAAACCCGAUCGAGUGCGAGUGAUGAGCGAGCCUGGCACUGUUGCACAUCUUAAAAUCAUUAAACUGCCACUGCAUCGACUGCAAACAAUUCAUCUUUGCAUGGAUUCUUCACACGUUCACGCCUGGGUUUAAUGUUGAACAGUCGACCACUUCUGUUGUUAUGACUUUUUUUCUUUCAUCCUACCUGCUGCUUUUCAGCUGGAAUGAAGAUGGACUGUUAGGAGUGUGAGAGUGAGCGAAUGUGUGAUGGAAAGUUUGAUACAAAAAUCCCUCUAAAAGUCUCAGAUAUGGAUGUUUUACUUGAGUUUUUUUGUCUGCGAGUAGGAUUCAACAUUCCCUCUGCCUCUCUGUGUUUUAUCUUGUGAGUCAUCGUACAACAUUCAGCCGAACAACCCCGAGACAUUUUCACUCCUUAUAUUUUCUUUUUUGCUUAGGUUGUCUGGUUUUACUAAACCGUGAUGGUUUUGUCUGUCUUCUAACAUUUCCCAUCCCACCCACCAUCCAGGCGGCGCGACGACAGAGCUGCCGGGACCUGUAUAUUAAAACAGAGUGGAUGGGAUUGAGUCAAGUGCUGAGAAUUGCAAUUGUUAGCUUCCCUUUGAAAAGUACUGAGAUGUAUUUAAUGGAGCCGAACAUACAUGACGACUAUUACUAAAAAUGAUGAUGCAUUCUUGUAGAAAUAUUUUUAAAAGACCCUUUUUGCAAUUAAAUU